AUGAGAGCAAAUUGUUCCGGCAGCUCAGCCUGCCUUGCCAACCGUUCGGAGGAGGAGUUGCCGGUGGGUCUGGAGGCAUAUGGGAACCUGGAACUUGUUUUCACAGUGGUGUCUGCCGUGAUGCUGGGCCUGCUCAUGUUCUCCUUGGGCUGCUCGGUGGAGAUCCGGAAGCUAUGGCUGCACAUCAGGAGACCCUGGGGCAUCGCCGUGGGACUGCUCUGCCAGUUUGGGCUCAUGCCUCUUCUAGCCUAUCUCCUGGUCAAGAGCUUCUCUCUGAAGCCGGUCCAUGCAGUUGCUCUCCUCAUCAUGGGGUGCUGCCCAGGGGGAACCGUCUCCAACAUUUUCACCUUCUGGGUGGAUGGAGAUAUGGACCUCAGCAUCAGUAUCACCACCUGCUCCACGGUGGCCGCCCUGGGAAUGAUGCCGCUCUGCCUCUACCUCUACACCUUGUCCUGGAAUCUUGAGCAGAGGCUCACCAUCCCGUACCAGAACAUGGGAAUCACCCUCAUGUGCCUGGCCAUUCCGGUGGCCUUCGGCAUCUGUGUGAAUUACAAGUGGCCCAAACAGUCCAAAAUUAUUCUCAAGGCUGGGGCCAUCGUUGGCGGGGUCCUUCUCUUGGUGGUCGCGGUUGCUGGUGCGGUGCUGGCCAAAGGAUCUUGGAGUUCAGACGGCGUUCUUCUGACCAUCAGCUUCAUCUUUCCUUUGCUCGGCCACGUCACGGGCUUUCUGCUGGCUCUUCUUGCCCACCAGUCUUGGCAGAGGUGCAGGACGAUUUCCCUCGAAACCGGGGCUCAGAACAUUCAGAUGUGCAUCACCAUGCUUCAGUUAUCUUUCACUGCCGAGCAGCUGGUCCAGGUGCUCAGCUUCCCUUUGGCCUACGGACUCUUCCAGCUGCUGGAUGGAUUUCUCAUUGUUGCCGCGUAUAAAAUGUACAAGAGGAGCCUGAAGAACAAACACAGCAGCAGGAGCCCAGGUUGUGCAGACACCUGCCACGAGAAGAGGUCCACUUGCCCCGCCGAGACCGGUGCUUUCUUAGAGGUGAAUGAAGAGGCUGCUCUGACUCCCGGGCCAGCAGGCCCAUGGAUCUCCACUAGGCUCUAGAGCCAGCUGGCCACACCACACGUGCCAAGUGGGGACCUGCUGGCUCGAGGGGCCCCUGUCUUCCUCAGCGGCCAGUAAAGACAGCGCAGAGCCCAUGGGCAAAGCUCGCUGGCAGGGCUCACGGGAAUGUUUGCGUGUCAAAUGUUAACAUAUUUAUGUUUCGUGUGGGUGUGAGUUGGUGCAGGAUCCCGUUCUGAGGGUGUGUGCUGCCUCUUUCAGGUUGUUCCUCUCGGGUUCACGGUGUAUUGUCUGGCUGCUCUGUGCGCUUGUUUCCUCCCACAGUGAGGAGCCGUCCCCGCUGGUGUGCGAGGUUGUCCUCAGAUUGUGACUUUUCGUCUCACCUGACUUGCCACUCUGCACAGAUGUCACCUCAUCCUGCAGGGCAGGGACAGAGUCGGGACCACUUGACUUCUGGACUUGGGGCAAGUCCUUUGGGGCAUCGGGGAGGAAGCAUACAGCUCAAAAAAAACAGGGUCUUUUCUCAGAUGAUGGUUAACUUUUUAACGGCUUGAAAAAAAAGUUUGAAUUGUAGAUGUAACGUAAGCCUAGAGGGAAUUUAAAGAACACUUGAGCUUCCUGGCCCUGGAGACAGGCGUGUGUCUGUUCUUCUGUUACGUCACUUUAAAAACACUGAGCUGGUUCCGCAUAUACUGUUUCGUAAAUCACUUAGUGACCUGCGACGGAGCAUCUUUACGAGUCAGUCCCUGUUGACCUACCUCAUUCCGUGCAACAGCGGCUUCAUGGAAGGAUUCCGGUGCUUGGAAGGACGGCGGUUUAAACCUGUUCCUUCUUCAGGGACCCCUAGCUAGCUUUCGACUUGUUGGUAUCACAGCGCUGCCACCAACCCCGGUGUCUUCAUGCAGAUCUUUUUGUCGGAUCACUUUCUAGACUUGAACCGCCAGGCUGACUGCACAUUAGAAUGUUGGGCACAGAGCCCUCUGGCAGCGAUGCCUCGCGGUGCUUGCCCGCGUCUGGUUUCCCAGUCCCACCCGUCUUAAGAAGGAGCAUUCUGCUUUGUGAAGAUAGCUCAUUUAAAACUGCACUGUUAAAAUUAUGAGUAUUUUUUCAUGACCGUUUGCUUUUUUAUGUCCUUUGCCAGCUUCUGUAUUGUCAUUUUUCCUUUUUUUUGUCUUUUUGCCUUUUCUAGGGCUGUUCCCGCGGCAUAUGGAGGUUCCCAGGCUAGGGGGUCCAAUCGGAGCUGUAGCCACCAGCCUACGCCAGAGCCACAGCAACUCGGGAUCCAAGCCGCGUCUGCGACCUAUACCACAGCUCCUGGCAACGCCGGAUCCUUAACCCACUGAGCAAGGCCAGGGAUCGAACCCUCAACCUCAUGGUUCCUAGUCAGAUUCGUUAACCACUGCGCCACGACGGGAACUCCUGUUUUUCCUUUUUUGAUUGAUGCAUUUUAACAGUGUACAGACAGUGACCCUUUGCCUGAUGUUUUGUCAAUAUAUGACCUACUCUUGUCUUCUGUUUUUGUAUGUCUUUUGCUGUAGAGAAGUUUUAUAUUUUUUACAUGUUCUGCUGUAUUAGUCUUUUUAGAAAUGUUUUUGACCUUAAUAUCUGUCAAAUGUUAGACUGUUUAUCUUUUUGUGUAGAUGGUCAAGUGUAAAGGGAUCUCUUUUCGACAACGUAUUUGGCCCUUUCUCAGGGAGCUCUCUCGGGGUCUGUAACAUACUUACUAGCUGCAGUGGAUACUGUCUGGCUGUAGCUAAACCCCAUCCUCCUCUGUUCAUACGUUAUUAAAAAUAUUCCCCAUCUGUUUUUCUGUUACUUUUCUGGACUAA